CGUUCGUCUCCCUCCCUCCGUUCUCGUCGCGCGCUUUAUAACCCCACCACCACCACCUUUCCCACCCCCCAAUCCACAUCCGCCCCGCAGGUCACACAAACCGAAAACAAUCAGCCUCAAAUCCCUUUCUCCUCCGUUGCAGACUUCCAGAAGUGCAGAUGGCGGUGUCAUCAGGGACGAUCUUCUCCGUCCGCCCGCCGGCGCCGGCUUCGGCGGUCCGGCCCUGCGCCUGCGCCGCCUCGGCGGCCGCCGGCGGGGCGAGGGCGCGCGCCGACGGCGGAGGCUCUGGCGCCGCCAAGUGGUGGGCGCCGCUGCUGGGGUGGUCCGGCCAGCCGGACUACAUCGACGCGCGCCCGGCCGCGUCCGAGGAGGAGCCGGAGCAGACGCGGCAGAGGGCGUCGGCGUCGGCCAGGCGGUUCGGCGUGCUGACGGAGGACAAGGCGCGCCGGCUGCGGAUGCAGAUGAUGGAGACGGAGAGCUUCCACGACGCCAUGUACCACUCCGCCAUCGCGUCCCGCCUCGCCUCCGCCGCGCCCGACAAUAAGCACUAGCUACCUUGCCACCGGCCAAGCGCCGUGCCCGUGUGUACAUACAUAGUAUAUGCUUGGAUGUUGUCCAGCUUCCGUCCGUCCGUCCUUCUUGGAUUUGGUUUUUAGAAUAAAAAAAAAUGAAUAGCGUGGCGACGGUGUUGCAAGCAUGGGGGAGGGGACUAGUAUUAGGAUGGUGCCCCUCCCUGUCCCUCGAUCUGCUGCGACGACGACGAGCCUCCCAGUCUGUCCCGGUGCAGACGAGCUGAUCCUAAUCUUAGGGUAGCUGCUGUGUACCAUUAGUUGAUCUUGCACCGAAAUGUUAUGGAGACAAACACAAGCCUAUGAUGUUUUCGGUUUGAUUUUGUUAAUAUGUUUCCCUCUUACUACAA